ACCGUUUUUCAAAGACUGUGUAAAAGUUUCAGUUAUUGUAGACAUUUCCCAUUAUUGUCUCCGCUUAUUGCAAAUAUUUACAAUAGGAUAAUUGAAUUUGGGCACAGUAUUUUCUUUUUCUGAUCAGUCCCUUUUCUAGCAAUUAUGAGUAAAUCCAGGAGAUAUAAUAAGAUAUUGCACAUAAUUGUCAACAUCAAUGAAGAUUGUUCUGAGGAUACCUUCGAAGAAGAUCAAUAUGAAUUAGGCCAAAGAGAAGGUGAUAGUGAAAGUCCUCAUUACACUGAAAGUGGAGAGAUAGAAGGACCUUCGGAUAGUGAAGAGGAAAACUUCUUGAAAGUGUGUCAUAACAAGAAAAGGAUGCUACUGGCUAUGCUAAGAGAAAUAUUAUGUCGGGUUGUGUAACUAGUGCUUUCGAAUUGAUAAUUGACAGACACAUAAUGGAACACAUAAAAAAUUGCACUG